AUGCAGCAGGCCGUUCAGGAUGUGAGUCAACUCUUGUCCUCCGAUCGUACUCUACACUGUACCUGUCAUACGCCAGAUUUAUUAAUUUCCUCCGCCGUCUUGUCAUUUCGGCUCCCCGUAUACAGGCAACACGCGCCCAGCAUUCUUUCCAACGUCUCUACUACUACUUGUAGUAGUAUUUGCAGCGUCCAUAUUGCCGUCUCCACCUCUGCGCCCCCUGCCCCUGAACUAUCCACCAGAGCUACGGCAGGAUCUGAGACACUGGAAAGUGACGUCAGUGAUACACUGGCACGCUUUCGAAGCACACCGCAGCAUGCCCAUAAGUGUACCACCAGUAUCGCACCACAAGUACGCUGGUCUAUAACUAAUAAAAGUACAGUACCUGAAAGAGCGGCAAAGACAAUCUCCAUCUGUACAUACAAUAUGUGCUACUUGUACCUCCCCCCACUAAACCACGUCUUGUACAAGAUAUCAUGA